AUUAAUUUGUCACUCGAUAUGUCCAACAACAAGUCAUUUAACCUCAUUACGGAAACAGCAAAACAACGUACUCUAUAUGCAGCCACAUCCAAUGCAACACCAAAAACAGCACAGCAAAAGGAUUUAGAGGAAGAUAUAUCGAACCACAAGUCAGUUUCCAUUAUGUCGAAGAAAACUUCUAAGUUGCGAGAUAAUAAUGGAAAACAAAAGAAAAGUAAAAAGCGUAAGAGAGCACACCAAAAACUUCGAAUGAACUUUCAACAAUUUCUAGAUAGCGAAAAACGUUGUUGUAGUGAGUAUGCUCUAAUUUACAUGCAAGCUGCAGCACCAGCUCCAAAGGUUCCACCUCGUAAAUAUUGUGCUGUGUGUGGCUACUAUUCUAAUUAUACCUGUACUGUGUGCAGCACUCGCUUUUGUAGUGUUCCAUGCAUGCAGAUCCAUCAGAACACACGUUGUGCUGCUCCUAACAGCAGCUUUUGCUGUAUGAAUCAGACAGCAAAUUUAGUUGACUAGUAUUCAUCAAAUAUGGGAAAUGUUUAUAUAUUUUAUUUCAUUUUAUUUUAUUUUCUUUUAAUUAUAAAUACUAAAGUCUCAAACUCAUAUAUUGCUCUUGCAAAAUGGUAAGUGAACGUAACAAAUAAUAUAUAUUUUUUAAUGUUAAUUUUUUCUUGCCGAGAGUGACGCGUCUUUAUAACGAAAUAUAUAUUUUUUUAUUAUAUUCUUAUUUAUUUACUUUAUGAAUCUAUAAUUACUUCUUGUGUUUAUACAAAUAAAUUUCAAAAAACAAUAAAAAAUAUA